GCUGAAUUUGUCUCUGGUCAUUCCAUUUGAAAAACAGAAAAAACUUGAAAAUAUUCGUGUUCUGUGCUUGAAACUCCCAAGACUCAAUUCACUCAAGCAGUAUGUCCGAAAAAAAAAUAACUGCCUACAAGAAUGGUCAAAUUGCCAAUGGGGAGGAAUUCGUCUUGCCAAGUUCUUGGGAAGAACUCAAAAAAGAAAUAUACCUCAGAUUGAAUAUAUUACCUGAAAAAGUAUUCUUAAAUGAUGGUACUGAAAUUAAGGAUAUUACCCUUAUUAGACAUAAAGAUGAUCUGUAUGUCUCGAUGGGAGAAAAUUUUAUAAAGCCAAAAAAUAAAAAGCCUUCUGAUUGGAUAACAUUGAAUGUUGGGGGAAAGUACUUCACAACAUCAAGAUCAACUUUGACUAGUAAAGAACCCACAAGUAUGCUGGCUCGUAUGUUUGCAGAGAGUGAGGAUAAUUAUCUCUUCAUUCCUAGUAAUGUAGAUGCUAAUGGAGCUUACCUCAUAGAUAGAAGUCCAACUUAUUUUGAACCAAUUUUGAACUACCUACGAAGUGGUCAUCUUAUAUAUGAUACUAAUGUUAAUCCAAAUGGAAUAUUGCAAGAGGCUAAAUUUUUCGGUAUAGAUUCAAUUAUUCCCCAGUUGGAAAAUUUGAUUGUUCAAACAAAUGAUGUUCCAUUAACAAGAAGAAAUGUAAUAGAUGCUCUAAUAAAGAGUCCAUAUACUGCCGAAUUAAGGUUUCAGGGGGUUAAUUUAGCAGGAGCAGAUUUAAGCAAAUUAGAUUUGAGAUAUAUCAAUUUCAAAUAUGCUAAUAUGCAAAAAUGCAAAUUGACUGGGUCUAAUCUUAGUUGGUGUUGUCUUGAGAGGGCAGAUUUGUCCUAUACUAAUAUAGAUGGAGCACAACUUUUAGGUGUUAAAGGACUUUGUGCAAAUUUUGAGGGAGCUUCAAUGAGAAAUUGUAACUUCAAUGAUCCUGGAGGUUCCAGGUCCAACAUGGAGGGAGUUAAUUUAAAAUUUGCUGAUCUGGAAGAAAGCGACAUGUGUGGUGUGAAUCUGAGAGUGGCAACUUUGAAAAAUGCUAACCUUCAAAAUUGCAACUUGAGAGCAGCUGUUUUGGCGGGUACUGAUUUAGAGAAAUGUGAUUUAUCUGGAAGUGACCUACAUGAGGCAAACCUAAGGGGGGCCAAUUUAAAAGAUGCUACCUUCGAACUAAUGUUAACUCCUCUUCAUAUGUCCCAAGCAAUACGGUGAAUUUUACUCAAGUUCAAGUUAAAUAUUUUAUUCAGAACAUAUAAUUUUCUGGUGCCCUUUUUUUAUGAGUAUUUGAGUAUUCUAUUCAUACAUUGAAUAGAUUUGGCUGAUAUUUGAUGGAAUUUCGUAAUUUUUUUUUAUCCUUGUGAACUUGUACUUUUUGGCUGUUUCAUUCAAAAUAUUUUAUCUAGGAAAACUUGUAAAUAUUUAUAUUUAUUAUAUUUAUUUAUUUUAUAUUGAAAUUUUAUGUAUCUGAAGAAAUCUAAUAUGAAAAAAAAUUUGAAUAAAAUACUGUUUACUGGACUUAGAUCAUGAAUAAUCAAGAAAUAUCCAUUUCUUAUACAAACAAUGAUGAAAACAUGGUGAAUGUGUGAUUCUGUUAGCUCGAUGGAAUAAAAUCUUGAGGAAUA